GGAGUUUGCCAAAGAGAGAGAGCGUGUGGAGAAGAGGCAGGACUUUCUGAAGCUGCGCAGACAGCAGCAGAUAGAGAGAGAGCUGACGGGGUACCUGGAGUGGAUAUGCAAGGCAGAGGAGGUGCUGCUAGCGGAGGAGGAUGAGAACGCGGAAGAGAAGUCCCCUCUGGACGUGUUGAAACGAGGCAAGGUCAAGAAGAGUAAGAAUGACCUCAUCGGUGCUGAGGAGGGAGAGGAUCACUUCACUGACAUGUCCUCUGUUGCUCCCCCAGGCUCUCCGUUUGGCCGGGCCAGCGUGAAGAGCAGUAAGCUGGACAGCUCGUCCUACUUCCGCCGCAAGGAGAGGAGAAUGCGUUUCUUCAUCCGUCGCAUGGUCAAAGCCCAGAGCUUCUACUGGACAGUCCUUUGUCUGGUGGGGCUCAACACACUGUGUGUGGCCAUCGUCCACUACGACCAGCCUGAGUGGCUCACCACCGCCCUGUACCUGGCAGAGUUUGUGUUCCUGGGUCUGUUCCUGUCUGAGAUGAGCUUGAAGAUGUAUGGCCUGGGAGCCAGAAACUACUUCCAUUCCUCUUUCAACUGCUUCGACUUUGGUGUGAUAAUAGGGAGUAUCCUUGAGGUGGUGUGGUCUAUGAUCAAACCAGGGGCAUCCUAUGGCAUUAGUGUACUGAGGGCUCUUCGUCUGCUAAGGUUAUUCAAAUUUACCAAGUACUGGAACUCCCUGAGGAACCUGGUGGUGUCUCUGCUCAACUCCAUGAAGUCCAUUAUCAGCUUGCUCUUCCUCCUCUUCCUCUUCAUUGUGGUCUUUGCUCUGCUGGGCAUGCAGCUCUUUGGAGGACAGUGA